GCUAUAGUGGUUGUUCCUCUACGUAAUGUAAAGUUGACACCCUACCACGUGACUGGACCUUAUAACUAACCGUCGACAACACAAACCCGACACAAGCUUAUGGGUGCAGAUGAACUAUGUUCAACAUGUGGACUAUAAGCUUAUCCGCUUUCCUCGCAUGUAUUGGAGUGAUCUAUGGGUAUGGAGGAUACAGGAAUAAUAUCCCAAAUGGCUACAACCUGACCCACCCUUGUGUGACGGGGGAGACGUGGCAGGGGGUAGGACAUGAGAACCCCGCGGGUGGAGGUGCCAGAAAUCAGUUCGGUAUUGAUUUUGCAAACCAAGGCAGAACGUGGGCUAAUGUGUGCAACAUGGACUCCGAUGGUGAUGGGAUGACCAAUGGUCAAGAACUGGGUGACCCCCAGUGCAUCUGGACACCUGGAGCAACGCCCACACGGACAAAUGGACUCACACACCCAGGCUAUUGUGAUAAAUCUUCAAGCCAAACUUGUGCUGGACUAGUCACAGCUCCAUGUACAAGUUCUAAAUUCAACUGCCCUGAAGCUACAGAAAAAGGAGUCGAGAAACGGGUUCUCAGCAUUCCACGGACAGCUGUUCCCGACAAAGAAACCACGUACAUUUGCAUGACCUUUGACAUGGACGAAUCACAGGAUUAUCACAUGAUUGCCACCACAGCGGAAAUUGACAACGUUGACGUCAUGCACCAUAUUCUUCUUUACGGCUGUCGUGAUGGCGCGCCUGUCAUUGCAAGUCCAAGAGAAUGUGGGAUGUCAGUUCCUGCUUGCCAGGACGUAAUAGGCUUGUGGGCUGUUGGUAUACCUGGCCAAUGCCUCUACAAGGAAACUGGGUUCCGAAUGGGCAAAACCGGCUACAAGAGGCUCCUGCUUGAGUUUCACUGGAACAACCCGCAAAAGACAUCUGGACAGAUGGACGGCUCAGGCCUCAGCAUCUUCUACACCCCCAACCUUCGACCUUACGACGCGGGAGUGUUCUGGACAGGUGAAAGCAACCUUGUGAUCCCGCCUGGACGGAGCAGGACUGUGGUCGAAUCUAUGUGUCCAUCACGGUGCACCAAGAAGAUCCUGAAAGAGACCAUACAUUUCAUCUCGGGUUACAACCAUAUGCAUUACAAAGGCAUCGCACAGACGGUGGAACUCUUCAGCGGAGACUCGAGAAGAUAUCUCACCAAAGAUCUCAACUACAGCUACGACGAUCCAACAAGCGUGGUAUAUGAUCCCCCAGUUGCCGUUCAUCCUGGUGAUUCCCUGAAGACGACCUGUGUAUUCCGAUCCGUGUCUUCUAAGACAACCACCUUCUACGGUUCUGCCACAAGUGACGAGAUGUGUUUUGGUAUAUUCGUCUACUACCCUAAAACUGCCAGCACGAACAACGUUUGUGUAACGUGGAAGACCAUCAACCGCUGUGACAUAGAACGUGGAGCUCUUAUGGGCUGCAAACUGGCUGAUUUCUACAACAAUUCACACCCCCACACGAAAAUGGUUAUGGACAAGGUGCUGGACAACUGCAGUCCCUACGGAGGAUGUCGUCAAGAAUGUCCUGCAGCAAUUGCUGAGGCUGAGAAGCAUCCUUGUCUUGCCAAGGGGGUAAUGCAGGAUUACCUGUUGACUUUGAGGUCCAGAAACCCAGACCUCAAAACAGCCAAAUUUGUAGCUGCUUUUGGAUCCUGCUCAUGCAGGAAGGACGACAACAACGGGGAGCUUCCCGGCUCACACCAGCGGAACAACAUCUCCCGAUGUUCUUGUGUCAACAGUUGUUCUUGCGAUCUGUGCAGUUUUAUUUCUGUAGAUGACUCUCUGUGUGUUAGUUCCGUGUAUGUCCUUCGGAACUCUCCAAAGCCUAUUGUAUAUUGUAAGGCUGGUUAAAAUGACCGAUAAUCGGAAAUAUCGUUGACAUGAACAAAUAUUAAUGAUUAUCGAUAUGAAAAUGUGUUACCGAUAAUAUCAUACAGGAACUUUUGUGGUAGAAACAAGUUUUUAUUUUCUCACACAAUUUACAAAAUCAUGGUCUGCUUCUAAAUUAUCUUCAGGA